AUGGCAGCCAUGGGCGUUUCGUGUGGUGGGCUGUUUCUUCCCCAGCAGUUGCCGACGCGGCCAAACCACGUCAACAGCGCGCAUGCUUCGGUGUAUCCUUGCGCGAACCUCUCAAUGAAUCCUUCUCUGGCAAACUUCAUCCUCGCACGAACACCAGAGAGCAUUCUUCAUCCAAAAACAAUGGCAGACCACACAUUCACCCUCAACACUGGCGCAAAGAUCCCAGCAGUUGGGCUAGGCACAUGGCAGUCCGAUCCAGGCCAGGUCAAGACUGCUGUUGCUCACGCACUGAAGAGCGGCUACAAGCACAUUGAUGCUGCCUUCGUGUACGGCAACGAGAACGAGGUUGGUGAGGGCCUCAAGGAAGCCUUCGACAGUGGCAUCAAGCGUGAAGACAUCUUCGUGACCUCCAAGCUAUGGAACACCUAUCACCAGAAGCCAGAAGAGUGUCUCGACGAGGGCCUCAAGAGAUUGGGUCUGGACUACAUCGAUUUGUACCUCAUCCACUGGCCAGUACCGAUGAACCCGAACGGCAACCACCCUCUCUUCCCGAAGCAUCCAGACGGCUCGCGUGACCUCGAUACCAGGUGGAGCCACGUCGACACCUGGAAGAACAUGGAAAAGCUUCUGGACACUGGCAAAGUCAAGGCGAUUGGCGUGUCGAACUACUCAGUCAAGUUCCUCGAGGAGCUGCUCCCACAAGCGAAGGUAGUCCCGGCAGCCAACCAGAUUGAGAACCACCCACUUCUUCCACAACAGGACAUUGCGGAUUACUGCAAGUCCAAGGGUAUCCUAAUUGAGGCUUACAGCCCACUUGGAAGCACCGGCAGCCCACUGUUCGCCGAUGAGGGCGUGAAGGAGGUAGCGAAGAAGCAUGGCGUUGGCGAGGGCACGGUCUUGAUCAACUACCAAGUCGCGAGAGGACACGUUGUUCUUCCAAAGUCUGUGACACCGAAGCGCAUCGAAGAGAACCUGAAGAUCGUCAACCUCGACUCUGGCGAUCUCGAGGCCUUGAACUCCAUUCACAAGACGAAGGGCACAACGAGAUAUGUGUAUCCUCCAUUUGGCGUGAACCUGGGCUUCCCAGACAAGCAGGAGUAG